AUGGCCUUAGCUGUCGUCACCUCGGCCAGGAAACUGCGACCCUACUUUCAGUCGCACACGAUUGAAGUAUUGUCCAACCAACCACUCCGAACGGUUAUGCAGAAUACUAACCAGUCAGGAUGGUUGACUAAAUGGGCGAUGGAGCUGAGCGAACAUGACAUCGUGUACAAGAAUCGCACAGCAGCAAAGUCACAGGUCCUUGCCGACUUCUUGAUCGAGUUAACACCAGAGCUGGAGCAAGACCUCAUCCUACCAAAUUUAAACUGGAUCCUACACGUCGACGGUUCAUCCACGAGUAAAGGGUCGGGGGCAGGAGUGCAACUGCAAUCACCAACAGGAGAGCUCAUCCAGCAGUCAUUCAGUUUUGGUUUUGCGGCGUCAAACAACGAAGCUGAGUACGAAUCCCUCAUCGCAGGGCUCCGUCUCGCCAAGGCAGUGAAAGCCAAAAGAAUCAGCGCUUACUGCGACUCUCAACUUGUCGUUCCUCGCGGAGAAAAUGUAUGUGCCGACGCCCUCGCUGCUCUAGGAAGCAAGCUACACGAUCAAGUCAAGAGGACAAUCCCAAUCCAUAAAAUCGAGAAAUCGAGCAUCGACACGAAGGCGGAACAGACUGCGAUCGCAGCAGGGAUUAGCGAAGCGAUGGACAUCGACGAAGCAGAACCUCCUUCGCAGGAUGAUCAGCCAACAGAUUGGCGCAAGGAACUCAUCCAUUACCUCGCUGAAGGUUUAUUGACCACCGAGAAAUGGGAUGCGCGGCGACUGAAGCGACGUAGCGCACACUACGUUGUCAUGGACGGGGAACUACACCGAUGGACCGCGACGAAGGUGCUACUCAAAUGUAUCUCCGGCGAAGAAACGGGACUAGUCAUGGCCGAAACACAUGAAGGAGCAGCAGGCAAUCACUCGGGCGGACGAGCUCUCGCAUUAAAAGUAAAGAAUCUCGAAUUCUACUGGCCAACCAUGAACGCCGACUGCGAGACAUACGUGCGCAAGUGCGACAAAUGCCAGUGUCAUGCUUCCACCUUACACAGCCCAACGGAGUUCCUUCACACCCUAACUGCUCCACAACCAUUCAUGCGAUGGGGAAUGGACAUCAUCGGUCCGAUGCUGGCAUCUCCCCAAAAGAAGUUCAUCCUGGUCCUCACAGAUUACUUCACCAAAUGGGUUGAAGCCGAAACCUACGCCAGCAUCACCGACAAGGAGGUGCAAAACUUCGUCUGGUAG